AUGGAGCAGCAGCUCCCAUCCUUCCAAGCUUUCAGGAGAUGCCGCUGGCCUGAUGGUGAGGCAAAUGGGUGGGGGUGGGGGGGUGGGGUGCGGACCAGGGGGCAGCUGGGGCGGUGGGGAGACCUGGGGCGUGGCUCCUUGCCCCUCCUCCCCGUGCCACUGCCUCCUCUUCCUCCUCCUCCUCCGGGUCGGGGACCUGGGGGAGGGAGGGUCUCCAUCUUCUCUCUGGCCCCUGCCCCUCACACAAAAAGCACCCCUUCCUCAGCUCCUUCUUCAGCCCCGGGGCCCCCCUUCCCAGCGGUGCAGGCCCCAGGGGCUUCUCAGCCUCGCUCUAGUACCCUCCCCACUCCCGCUACCCCCGCCACGCAGCCCCGGCCCGCAAUGACGCCCAUCUCUGCUCCCCCUUCCUGGGGGUCCCACUCUGCCCCUCCCCCACGCCGAUGCCCCCAGGACCCUCCUGGGCUGCGGAUAGGCCCUCUGGUCCCUGAGCAGGUUUAUGAGCGGCUGGAUGACUGUGAUCCUGAGGGGUCCCAAGAUUCAGCCCUCCAUGGGGAGGAACAGCAGCCCCUGCUUCAUGUGCCUGAAGGGCUCCGAGGCUCCUGGCACCACGUCCAGAACCUGGACAGCUUCUUCACCAAGAUCUACAGCUACCACCAGAGGAGUGGCUUUGCCUGUAUCCUGCUGGAGGAUGUCUUCCAGCUGGGGCAAUUCAUUUUCAUUGUCACCUUCACAACCUUCCUUCUUCGCUGUGUGGAUUACAGCGUUCUCUUUGCCAGCCAACCAAAAAACCGAACAAGACCUGGGUCGCUCCACAGCAAAGUGACCUUGUCAGAUGCUAUCCUACCCUCAUCCCGGUGUGCCCAGCGGAUCCGCUCCAGCCCCCUGCUGGUCUUCCUGCUCAUCCUGGCUGCUGCCUUCUGGCUCUUCCAGCUGCUUCGCUCGGUCUGCAAACUCUUCAGCUACUGGGACAUCCGGGUGUUUUACAGGGAGGCCCUGUGCAUGCCCUCAGAGGAGCUCAGCUCGGUGCCCUGGGCAGAGGUGCAGUCCCGCCUCCUGGCGCUGCAGAGGAGCGGGGGGCUGUGCGUGCAGCCGAGGCCGCUGACGGAGCUGGACGUCCACCACCGCAUCCUGCGCUACACCAACUACCAGGUGGCGCUGGCCAACAAGGGCCUGCUGCCGGCCCGCUGCGCCGUGCCCUGGGGAGGCAGCGCGGCCUUCCUCAGCCGCGGCCUGGCGCUCAACGUCGAUCUGCUCCUCUUCCGCGGGCCCUUCUCCUUCUUCCGCGGCGGCUGGGAGCUGCCCGACGCCUACAAGCGCAGCGACCGGCGGGCCGCCCUGGCCGCGCGCUGGCGGCGCACGGUGCUGCUGCUGGCGGCCGUGAACCUGGCGCUGAGCCCGCUGGUGCUGGCCUGGCAGCUGCUGCACGCGUUUUACAGCCGCGCGGAGGUGCUGCGGCGCGAGUCCGGCGCGCUGGGGACGCGCCGCUGGUCCCGCCUGGCCCGCCUGCAGCUGCGCCACUUCAACGAGCUGCCGCACGAGCUGCGCGCGCGCCUGGCCCGCGCCUACUGCCCCGCCGCCGCCUUCCUGCGCGCCGCCGCGCCCCCCGCGCCCCUGCUCGCGCUGCUCGCCCGCCAGCUCCUCUUCUUCGCCGGCGCGCUCUUCGCCGCGCUGCUCGUGCUCACCGUCUAUGACGAGGACGUGCUCUCCGUGGAGCACGUGCUCACCGCCAUGACCGCGCUCGGGAUCGUGGCCACCGUGGCCAGGUCUUUCAUUCCGGGUGAGCAGGGCCAAGGGCGUCCGCCGCAAAUCCUGCUGCCGGCGGCCUUGGCGCACAUGCACUACCUCCCGGAGGAGACCGGCCCUGCCGGCAGGACCAGCGCUUACCGGCAGAUGGCGCGGCUGUUGCAAUACCGAGCGGUCUCCCUCGCGGAGGAGCUCCUGUCGCCUCUCCUCACCCCACUGUUUCUGCUCUUCUGGUUUCGCCCUCGCGCCUUGGAGAUUAUUGACUUUUUUCGUCAGUUCACUGUAGAUGUGGCCGGGGUUGGGGACAUCUGUUCCUUUGCCCUUAUGGAUGUGAAGCGCCACGGCCACCCUCAGUGGCUCUUGGAGGGACAGACGGAGGCUUCACUGUCAGAGCGUGCCGAGGACGGGAAGACUGAGCUCUCACUGAUGAGGUUCUCCCUGCUUCAUCCACAAUGGUGCCCCCCAGGCCACAGCUCCAAGUUCCUGGGGCACCUUCGAGGCCGGGUGCAACAAGACGCGGCCGCCUGGGGCGCCAGCUCGGUUCGCAGCCCCCCCAGCCCCGGGAUCCUCAGCAACUCUGCCUCCCCUCUGCAGGAGGCCUUCCCGGCCAACCUCUCGAUGCAGCCCCUCGGGCCCCCCCAAGACCUGAGCCCCAUAGUCCCCUGCCCAGCUGCAGCCACGGCCAGCCUCCUGGCCUCCAUUUCCCUAAUGACCCAGGACUCAAGCUGUGUGUCCCCAGGAGGCACUGGGGGCCAGAAGCUGGCCCAGCUCCCAGAGCUUGCGUCUGCUGACAUGAGUCUCCACGCCAUUUACUUGCACCAGCUCCAUCGGCAGCAGCAGCAGGAACUGUGGGGCGAGGCUUCAGCCUCCUCCCUGUCCAGGCCCUGGUCCAGCCCGCUGCAGACACUCUCGCCGGAGGAGGAGAAGCCAUCCUGGUCCAGUGGCUCCAGUCCUGCUUCCAGCCCCAGACAGCAGUGGAGAACCCAGAGGACCCGGAAUCUGUUCCCUGGAGGGUUUCAGGAGCCCACAGACACCCAGAAGGAGCCUGGCCAGGCCACUAGCACCGACUGAGAGGGCUGCUGACGCUCAGUAUUGUCUAACGGGUGGAGGCGGGGCAAUGAGUAGGACACUGGGUGGAGUCAGACUCGGAGUGAUGGGAACAAUGGUGGGAAUUUGGGGUGAUGGGGAUGGUCAUCUCUGGAACCUAAACCCCUGGACUGCUUGUCAAGAGUUUUGCCUCCCCCAGGUUCCCUGGCUUCUUCUCCAACCACAGGAGAUCGGACGAGGUAGAGUGGAAGGGCACGCCGAGCCCUCUUUAAAGACCCCCAUGGAUGCUUUAGCUGGGCAGAACUUGGGAGUCAAUGACGAACUUGCCCCGGAGAAGAGAGAAAGGGUAGGAGAGGAGAUGCCCAAGGCAUCGGGAAACAUGUCUUAGAGACAGUCCUCACAUGGAGAGGCUAAGAGACAACUAUCUGUCCUGGAGUGGUCGUCUGGGAAGAAGUGCCCGAGGGACCUCAAGUUGGAGGGCAGAGCCAAGAUGGAGGCCAAGCUACACCUAAGGGAGCCAUGAGGGACUGGACCUGAAAGGCAGUAGGUUCUUUAGACACAUCUGGACUUUAGGUUCCCGUGGGACUUGUGGAAGGGCAUGGGGACUGUGAGUGGAAAGACUAGAGAGGCCUGACGUUUUUGGGGUUCACGAUGGUGUGACCUCUGAGGAAGUGGGUCUGGCCCCUCAUCCUGUCUGAAACAAGCAGUAAAGUUUGCUCACGGCUGUGCUGCACACCUUUGUGACCUUAGUCCUGGAAUCCCCACUCCUGUCAGCUGACGACUGCACCUGCUUCUCAGUCCACAUCAGGGGAGCAACACAGAACUGCCCGUGAUUGGCUGGAAACCACCACUGUUCUCCAGGACUCCCUGCCAAAGAAUUACCACCUCCACACUGCACAAGUUCAAAGACAAAGCUUGUCAUUCAUUCUGUAACUGUAAUUGACAGCGCUGGGUUAGGCAUCUUAGUAGCUCUCAUAAUUU